CAAAGAAACACUGCAAAUACAAAAUCACAAUAAACGAAACCGCAUUAAUUAUACCUUCGUGGGUAGAGUCAACAGGGGUGGCGAACUGUGAACCUUGAGGUUAUAGAAAAUUAAAGAGAUGUAAAACCUUGCAAGCUGUGCGAAGUCAAAACACUGAUUACCUCUAGUAACGUAAGGGAAAACUACUUAGUGUGGCAUGGUCUUUGUCUAGCAAAGAAGGGGUCUUACUGGCUGGCUUUAUGGAGAUAGCUCAAGCAACGGUGCCGGUAGAAGAGCGCUAAGUAUGAACGUUACAUUUGCUUCUAAUGCUUCAGCAUCACUCUGCGAAGAUGUGGUAUAUUUCGCAGCAAUGGCGGCUGUUCAUUCCGUGACUUUCGCCAUAAACUUUGUUACAGCGCUGGCAAUAUGGCGAUUACCGGAUUUAGAAGAAAACAGAUAUCAUCUUGUAGUGCGAACCUUAAUCCUUAGCGACUGUUUCAUCCCGCUGUCUGGCCUGCCGAUGUCUGUCGCUUCGUUUCUGAAUUGUGGUUGGGUCGGUGGCCAGGUUUCCUGCACUUUAUCUGCGUUCUUUUCAACCGCUUUUUUAAGCUGGUCAGCUCUUAUUGUUGUGAUAAUGUGCGCGUUAAGAUUCCUGGCUGUCACCAAGCCGUUGUUCUAUCGUAACCAAGUGACUUAUACGCGUGUCCGUAUGAUACUAUUCAUCGCUCUUGUCUGGGGGUGUUCACAUUUGGUGCUACCUAUCGUUGGCUUGGGCAAGUUUCGUCUUCACGCGCGCGGUCUAUACUGCGCCUUAGACAUUACUCCCUCGAAACCUCACGAUAGGACUCUUGUUUACAUGACCAUAGUAGAAGGGUGCUUGGUCGUUGUAGCGUUGGUGUAUUUUAGCGCGGGGAUUGUGCUGACUGUGAAGAAGAAAAGAAGAGUCAGUAGCACUUUGUCGCUACAGCAGCAAAGAGGCGCUGGGAUAGAGAAAAUUAUGCGGCAACAUGGCGGCUUUGCUGCCAUGACAUCGACUAUCGUCGUAUUGUACUGGUUCUGCUUUGUACCCUUCCUGUCGUAUCGCAUUUGGCUGGUGUACUGGGGCGAGUCGCGGCUGAACGAAGACGUCUAUUACGUAACCGAGCUUAUUGCGCAUGUCAACCCUUUGCUAAAUCCGCUGGUGUUUGUUGCGUGCAGUCGCCAGUACCGCAGCUGUAUCAACAAGUUGUUUAUUCGCGUGUGCGUUCAUAAGUGCACUUUGUUGAUGCCACAGGCUAUUACAGAAACCUACGGGGACAUGGGUGGUGGAAUUGAGAUGCGUAAAAUGUCUGCCUUGUCGACUAAAACAGACAUUGUUAUGAUAUAAGGACAUUCCAGAAGGCGCUUGGAAAACAUAUGGUAAAUCAAGUCAUAGAAUACUUGUAAGAAUGGAGAGGUCCUUACAAAGUCGGGAUGAACUGUGAUCGUUGUGUUGGAUCGUUCAAGGAAAACUACGAAACGCUUACAUUAGUCGCUCUUUUCACUUUGUACAGAUAUUCUGUGCACAAAAGAUUUGUCGAUAAGGUAGUUAUACAAAGGAAUUUUUGUGUUUUCUCAAAAAAAUAUGUUCCGGUUAACUAGAUCUAAUCUUGUGUAUUUCCGCCCUGUCUCACUGAAAAUGUUUAAUAUUUUCUUUAUGCCGCGCGUGUGGUUUGUAGGCUGCUCGUGAGCUUAAUUCUAGAGAAAACAUAUUCCCGGAGUACCCCCAAAGAGUUUUGUAUUACCUGGGUAUAAUACGGCAUUGCUUGAGCUAAUGAGGAAAUCCUUUACCAAGAGAACUGAGUGGCAUUUUAUUCCGGAAGGAAGGAAUUUGUUUGAUCUAUUACAAACAUCAAAUUUAUAACCAAUAGGGUGAUUGAUAAAACAUGAAAAACAA